UUGACGCCAUGGUGUUUUUUAUUUGUUGUGUCUGAUUUAGAUCUGUGUCCUAAACUGAUACGUUUAAAGGUGAAGUAUGUUGUUUGUGUGACACGGCACCUAGCGGAUUACAAAAAUACAGCAUAUUUUGCAAACGCACCUUUCGCAUGUCGCGCCUCCAUCGACUCAAACAUCACAAAAGCUCUUACAGGUGCUUGUGAAGGCACGUCUCAACAGAUAAAUAUGGGCUACUCUCAAUAAAAGGUCCAACAUAUUAGAAAUACUUUUCGAUGUGUUGCUAUUUGUCAUGAGCAAGCAAAUGAGUAAACUAACACUGAGAAUGCGAGUGUCUCGCAUAUUAGCUAUAAACCCAUUCAAACUCACAUUUUUCGGUCACUUUUUUUUACAUGACCCAGCAUACCCGGUUAAAAAAGUAACUGCUCGCCACUGAUAUAUAAUAUGUAAGCAUUUUGAGAGAGUAGGGAGAUGACUUGAUUACGUCAUUCUCGGUGCUUCAUGGGAGUGGGCGUUCCCUGCAGAGCUCUUUUGGCAUGAUUUGCUCCUCACGCCUCUGAUAGGUGGAAUUCUGUACAGCAUCAUGGAUAAUAUAGUUUUUUACCUCAAAUUCCACUGUUAAACAUAAUCACUUUAAAAAUAAGUUUAAACAAUUCAAGCUGAUGUCUUAAAAAAUAUAUACCAUAUAUAUAUAUAUAUAUACCAUUGAUUAAGAAUCAUAUUGGUUUAGACAUUUUAGACAUAUCCCAUGUUUAGAGAGACAGCUCAGCAGAACACCACUGACCACUCACAGAUAAAUCAACACACAUCACUGUAGGUACACUUUUGAGGCCACUUUCACAUCUUCCCACUGAGUUUCAUGCCGGUCCAAUCAUUGAGACUUGGUUUGUUAUAGUGGGGGGAUUCAGCUUCCCAGCAUACGUGUAUUUAUUUAUUUAUUUAAUUUUCUGAAGACUCAUUUCACUUUGCAGUUAAAAGUGUGAGAGGGGCUUUUGUGCUCACGGUAAACUCUGUAACAUCUGCAGGUGAGCGGCAGGCGGGGGCGAGUACGUGUACAACAGUGCACACACUCUGGUGAAGAAGAGACGGAAAGUGCAUUGCAUCACAGAAUCCAUAUGGGGCAGCUAAAAACCAUACUGAACCACAGGUUAUUUUGCCAUCUCUGCUUUAAAAAGCGAGACGCUUCUCUCAGAAGGCACCAAAAAGAGCAGAAAACUCUUUCUGCUUCAAAAUAAGUGCUAUUUUACACAAAUUUGCAGUCUGAAUUGAAUGUGGUGACAUAAAAAUAUAGGAUGUAAAAUAAACAUACACCCUAUAUCCGAAUAUUCCUUCGUCCCCACUGUACAAUAUAGAAGUAGUAUGUCUGAAUUCAUAGUAUUCAUAAAACAGUAGGCAAAAAGUGCCUGGAUGACCUAUUAAUUCUGCCAAGAUUCUGAAGCGUGCAUCUGAUGGACACUUUAUUAUCCCAUGAGUCCACAGGAGAGGAUUUGUGAAUGGCAGUGAAGCGACACAACUGAUGCCGUAGGUCACAUGACAGUGACAACAUGAGGGAAGUAAUAUGUCCAGAUUUCAUUCAUACUACACAGAUUCAUAUAGAACAUACUUUUUAGUGGUCCCAUCAAAUGUAUUGCAGUUACUCGGACAGUAAGCGAUUUCAGACUCCCCAACAGUUUUCAGAUCCCGAAUUAAGAACCAGUUCUUUUAAUUAAAUGGCCAAAACACUAAAGAACUCAUCAGUUUGAAUCAAUGUAACAAAUCACUUGUUGAAUUUGGCUACUGACCUAACAUCUGGCUUGUUGAUUUUAGUGUUUUAGUGCAGUUAAAGAUACACUCAAAAAAAAAAAAAAAGAUUUAUUGUAGUAAAUUAUAUUUUAAUUAAUAAACAUUCAGGUAUGAUGCAAUCCUAAAAGCCUGUGGUUCUUAAAGACAGAUUCAGUCACUGAUUCAAACUUUUAUACACUCAAAAACUGUUUUACAGUGGUGGCAUCUCAAUCAAUGUCACAAAAAAAAUCGGUAUUGAAAAUUCGAAUACAGUCUCCAGUGGAAGCCAGGAGGAUGUGUGUGUAUGUGUUGUGUUUAUUAUUGCUUGGCAGUCUAAACCCCCGUUUAUUACUGUAGUAAAGCUUCUUUGAAUCGUUUGGGAGAGGGAGGACAUAAAGAGGCGAGAGUGCUAAGAGUAAAGGAGGAGAGGAACAGACCCAGGCUUUAUGCUCUCAUAUUAUUCUAAUCUCUGAGAGUUGGUCCAACAUAAGCAACACGGGGGGAUUGGCCAUCACUUCAAUCGGGCUCAGGUCAAUGCUUGCCUUGUUUGUGCUGUCACCAUUAAACUUCUCGUUAUGUUUGAAUCAGUAAAGGCUGAACAAAUAUGCAGACUCAGAAAUGCACAUAUUUUCAUUUCGAAAAGGUCAAAUCCUGUAUUUAGGUAAAUGCUUCUGCAUCUCUUAACAUUACCUUCAUUUACUUGUUAUGCAUAUCUUGAAUUUUUAGCUGUUUCCAGCAUGAUCUUGCGAGCUUUCUUGUUGGUGCAGCCCAAAAUAUAUUAAAGAAUUCAAAUCAACUUCAACCAGUCAACAACUUAAGCUGGUAGAUGUUUUUUGGAAUAUAGUAGCUAGUUUCUAGCUGUAGAAGGAACUAUAGGCUGAAUACCCAGAUUUUGCCGUGUUCGCACCACAGGAACUAGUAAUGACUUUAGUUCUGGGAACUCCUUUUGGGGGAACUAAAUUAGCCCCUACUUCAUAGUAGGGUCUAAACCAGCACUAUAGGAACUAUCAGUGACAUAAGUGUACGUUGAUUGGUCAAACGCAUGUCAAACACUGGCACCUCAAACUCUUAGCCCCAUUAAAUUUAUGCAUUUACAUUCCAUCUCCUUUAUCACAAAACCCACGACACCCAACAAACACAGCUCCGAUCACGGCAUCCUCCAUCCACCGGUUUUUAGCGUUCGUAAAUGCCGCACUUAAAGGCGCCGCUGUUGGCCACUUCAGAGUUCCUAUUGCCGGUGCGAAUGCAACCAGGAACAUGGCCCGGGGGAGAAAUUAGUUCUCGGGGAACUAUCCUAGUGGCUAGUUCCUAUAACUGACCAACUUUUCGGUGCGAAAGCCCCUUAAGAUGGUCAUCAACUGGUUCAAGCUAGUAGACUGGGGGAACCCAAUACAGUUCCUGGAGAUCUACCUUCCUGAAAAAUUCAGCUCCAACCCUGAUCAAACACAACUGAACCAGCUAAUUAAGAUCUUUAGGAUCACUUGAUAGUUACAGACAGGUGUGUUUGAUCAGGGUUGGAUCUGAACAGGUAGCUAGGAAGAUCUCCAGGAACAGGAUUGGGCACCCCUUUAGUUGACUAGAACAGCAACAAACUACUGUAGCUACCAGCUGGACAUGCCAUUUUUAAGUGAUCAAGCUGUUUUUUUUGGAAAAUAGUACAGCUGGUCAAUAGCAGGUAGACCAUAAUAGACCAAAGAAACAAAAAAAAACUAACAGCAUGGUCAAGAUUUUUUGGAACAUGGUAGCUAGCUGGUUUCUAUUUGGUGCAAGCUGCAGGUAGAGCAUAUUGGACAAGCAUCAAAUCAGCUACCAGCUAGUUAUACCAGUGUCGGCGUUGGGCUGCAAAAAAACAGAAAUAAAAGAUGCAAGCAGUGUACUUACUGAAUUUUUAACUUUUUUUUCCAACUAUGUAUUGACGGGAUGUUUACUUCAUUAUUUAUUAUAACUUUCAUGAUAUUAUUUAUUAUAUAUUACAAAUGUACUUUCUUACUGAAUAUUUUCAUUAAAUAUUUCUUUUAAUAAGCAAAGCAUCUGCAUUAUUUGUGCACCAGAGUGUAUUUAAAUAGAUUAGUCAAAAUGUAGCAUAUUUAGUCUAUUAAUAUGAAGCCAUAAUUUAUAAAUUACAAGCAAAUGCAAAUACAACUGGAUUAAACUUUUGUUCAAAUAGCAGUAAACAGAAACUAUUCCACAGAAAUGAAUGAGCAAUACUCUGAGCAAUGUCUAAUGUCAUUUUUGGCUCAUAAAUUCCCAGAAGUGCUUGUCAGUACAUGGUUGUUUUGUUAGGUGUGUAUACAGCUCAAGGCUUGGCACUGCUUUGACUAGGAGGGUAAGGUCAGGUCAGCAACCGAACGGUGGUUCCACUGAUGUGGGCCUGCUUUAGCGUGAUAUAAGUAUCAUACAAGAGGGGGUGCUAGUGAGCAGAGGCCACCCAUCAUGUCUCAUCAAGCUGAUAUGACAGACACUCUCUGUGUUCCAGUAGAGGAUAUUCACACUGAAACUUUCAUCAUGUGCUAGAAAGGAAACAUACAAGCCAGAUCUUUGUGGAAAGUGUUAAAAGAAGUAGUUUAAAAAAAAAAAAACUAGAUAAGUAAAGUUUGUGAACAAACUUUGAUGUUGGUUUUAAAAAGCCUAGCCUGAAAGUUUGAAAUAAUUGUAAAAGCCUGAAGUGUAAAACAGUUUAGAAAGAGAUGAAGAACAAGAGAGAGAGUUUAAAAAGCUUGACAUUUGAAGGUUUUAAGUUUGAAGUGUGAAGUUUAAUAGCAUUUAAAUUUGAAGUUUGAAUCAGUUUUAAAAGCUCAAAGUUUUUAAGUCUCAGACAAAUUGUUUGUUAUGCGGUUGCAGGGGUUUCUGGAUGGUUGCUAUGCAGUUGCUAGUGUGUAUUCUCAUAUUGCUAGCAUGUUUCAGACAGAUACCAUCCUAGCUGAUACCAUGCUAAUAAGAGUAGUAAAGAAAGUCAGAGGAAAAUAAGGUUUAGAUAUAGGUAUAGGUCACAGAAUCUUGAGUUCCUUCAUUUUCUCACUAAAUGUAUUUCUUUGCUUAUCACAUAUGGGUAUAACACUAUCAGAUAAAAAAUGUUUCGUUAAAUAUUUAUUAUAAGUAUCUGUUUUUCUUAUGUUUUACUGUACAUAUAUUUUAAUCUAUAUAUGAAGUAAUGAGUUAUGGUCUGAGGAAAGGUGGUUUUAGGGGGAUUGAGUUAUAAUGUCAAUUUUGAUCAAAUGAAAAGAUAAUUAAAUAAAAUGGUACGUGUGUUAAUAACAGUGAUCAAAGUGGAAAUUUUAAAAAUUACAACCUUGAAGAUGAUAGCAGAUUGUUUGGGUGAACUGUCCUUUUAAGACAAGUUGAAACAAUAAAAAAUAUGCAACAUUAUACAUGAAUGUUUGGCAUUUCCAAUUAUAUUGGUAAAAACAGACAAUUCUGGAGGACAGCAUUCACGUCAUGUAGAGCAAUAACAGAUAAACAGAAGUAACAAAGGAAAGGGACAGCUAAUCACAGAUAGAUUCAUGAACUCAGUAAGUCUGGUGAACUGUUUAGAGAAAUUUAUGUCAAGAGAGAUUUUGCAAACACCCACAAAAACGUUCAGGAGCAGGGAAUAUGCUCAAUGUAAAUUGGCAAGGAGGCGGAGUAUAGAAAAACUUUAAGUAUGAAGGGAUUUGAUUGCUCAGGGUCAUCUUGGCUACUGGAGCUCCUGUUCACUGUCUCUCUUUCUCCAUUAAUCUCAAUCAGUCACAGGAGGUUCUCAAAGCUGAUGGAAACAGCCUAAUCCAACACAGAGCAUGACAGAAGCAGCUCCAAACACAGGGAAUACAUCUAUCAUAUCCCAAAUACUUGUAAGAUAGUUGAGGAAAAUAAAUAUAAAAACUUUGCUAUUUUGAUUUAGGCGUUAUAUUAUCAGUCAUAACUUGUAUGGAAGACUGGGCACCAUAUUUCAGCAUAAAAUGUUAAUCUCAGUAGUUUUUCUCCUCAUCCUUAGUCCCUUGUCUUCUCUUCAAGGCACACUUAGCGAGAAAAAAAAUGACACUACUAAAUCAAUGGACCACACUAUUAGUCAUAGUGUUCCCAAACUAGUAACUACAACCACCAAAGUGAAAAACCAGGCUCAUGCUGCUUCUUCAAAAAGUAGUAGCGCCAAUCAGACUCUUCCAUCCACCCCAAAGCCUGUUGUGGAUGGUCUCCAGAAACCUGUGCCUUCUCUUCAAGCCACACUUAGCGAGAAGAAAAAUUCUACUACUAAAUCAAGAGCGAACAUUAUUAAUCUUAAUGUUCAGAAACCAGUAACCACAAACACCAAAAUGAAAAACCAAACUCAAUCUACUUCCUCAAAAACUAGCAGCAUCAGUCAGACUCUCACAUCCACUACAAAGCCUGCUGUAGAUGGUGUCCAGAAACCUGGGCCUGCUCUUCAAGGUAAACUUAAUGAGAAGAAAAAUUCUACUGCCAAGUCAACAUCCCACACCAGUAGUCUUAAUGUUCCAAAGCUAGAGACUAUGGCACUGAAGACCAAAAUGAAAAAUCGGACUCACCCUACUUCCUCAUUAACAAGCAGUGUCAAUCAGACUCCUCCAUCCACUGCUAAGAUUGUUGUGGAUGAGAGCACACUUGGCGAGAAGAAAAAUUCCACUUUGAAGUCAACAGACCAAACUAUUAAUGUUAAUGUGUCAAAGACAGUGACUACGGUAUUAAACACCAAAGCGAAGAACCAGACUCAAUCUACUUCCUCAAAAAUUAGCAACGUCGAUCAGCCUCAAGACAUUGUACAGAAACAUGUACCUUCUCUUCAGGAUCCACUUAGUGUGAAGAAAAAUUCUACUGUAAAGUCAACGUCCCAAGCCAUUAAAGUUGUGACAUUAUCAAACACCAAAAUGUCCUCAACAUCUAGUAAAGGGAAUCAGACUCUCCCAUUGUUAAAAAAGCCUGAUGUGGACAACAUCCAGAAACCUGUGCAAAGUGUACAGUCCACAGUCAACACUGUAAAACUUAAUGUUUGGAAACCAGUAACUACAUUUUUAAAGACCAAAAUGAAAGACCAAACUCCAUCUACUUCCUCAACUACUAGUAGAGUGAAUCAGACCCUCUCAUCCCCUUCAAAGCAUGAUGUGGACACGGUCCAGAAGCCUGUGCAAAGUGUACAAAACACAAUUAGUGAGAAGAAGAAUGUUACUACUAAGUCAACCAUCAACACUAUUGAUCUUAAUCCUCAGAAGCCAAUAACUACAUUACUAAAAACCAAAAUGAAAAAUCUUCCAUCCUCUUCGAGGCCUGCUGUAGAUGUUGUCCAGAAACCUGUAUCUUCUCUUCCAGCUACAUUUGGCGAGAAGAAAAAUACUACUAGCAAGUCAGUAAGCCACACUAUUAAUGUUAAUGUUUCAAAGCCAGUAUUCACCAAAAUGAAAAACCAAACUCAUUCUGCUUCCUCAAAAACUAGCAGCAUCAAUGAGACCCUUGUAUCCACACCAAAGUCUGCUGUAGAUGUCCAGAAAUCUGGGCCUGCUCUUCAAAGCACACUUAACAAGAAGAAAAAUUCCACUUCCAAGUCUACAGCCCAAACUAUUAGUCAUAAUGUUCCCAAGCUAACUACCUUAUUACAAAAUCAGACUCAUCCUACUUCCUCAAAAAUCCACAGUGUCAAUCAGACUCUCCAAUCCACUACAAAGCUUGCUGUGGAUGAGAGCACAGUUAGCAAGAAGAAAAAUUCUGUCAAGUCAAUAUCCCAAACUAUUAAUGUUAAUUCAUCAAAGCCAAUAACUACAUCAUUAAACACUAAAACGAAAAACCAAACUCAUUCUGCUUCCUCAAAACCUAGUAGCAUCAAUGAGACCCUCACAUCCUCUCCAAAGUCUGCUGUAGAUGUCCAGAAACCUGGGCCUGCUCUUCAAGGCACACUUAACAAGAAGAAAAAUUCCACUUCCAAGUCUACGGCCCAAACUAUUAGUCAUAAUGUUCCCAAGCUAACUACAUUGUUACAAAAUCAGACUCAUCCUACUUCCUCAAAAAUCCACAGUGUCAAUCAGACUCUCCAAUCCACUACAAAGCUUGUUGUGGAUGAGAGCACAGUUAGCAAAAAGAAAAAUUCUGUCAAGUCAAUAUCCCAAACUAUUAAUGUUAAUUCAUCAAAGCCAAUAACUACAUCAUUAAACACUAAAACGAAAAACCAAACUCAUUCUGCUUCCUCAAAACCUAGUAGCAUCAAUGAGACCCUCGCAUCCUCUCCAAAGUCUGCUGUAGAUGUCCAGAAAUCUGGGCCUGCUCUUCAAAGCACACUUAACAAGAAGAAAAAUUCCACUUCCAAGUCUACGGCCCAAACUAUUAGUCAUAAUGUUCCCAAGCUAACUACAUUAUUACAAAAUCAGACUCAUCCUACUUCCUCAAAAAUCCACAGUGUCAACCAGACUCUCCAAUCCACUACAAAGCUUGUUGUGGAUGAGAGCACAGUUAGCAAAAAGAAAAAUUCUGUCAAGUCAAUAUCCCAAACUAUUAAUGUUAAUUCAUCAAAGCCAAUAACUACAUCAUUAAACACUAAAACGAAAAACCAAACUCAAUCUACUACUUCAAAAAUUAACAACGUCAAUCAGACCGCCACCAUGCCUGUAGUGGAUGGUGUCCAGAAUCCAACUAAAGACAAUCCUGCAGAGAGUUCACCAGUUAAAGUAGUCAUCACUGAGGCUUGCGUUCAACAGCAGUCUCAGACAGAAGCAGGUAACAUAACCAAAGUACGAGAAACAGAGCUAAGUUUGAAUCCGGGAUCUCCUUUGGUUUUGACUCAUCGCAUCAACCUGCUACAUGGAGCUUGCACAGGAGGUUGUGAGACACAGAUGGCCGAACUAAGGGACAGAGUUGAGUUUCUUGAAAAGGAGAUAUCAGUGAUUAAAAAAAUGUGUGUUCAGUGCUCAGGAGAGCAGUGCCCUAAAAACUGUAGUGGCCAGGGCAAGUGUGAAGGAGGAAAGUGUGUUUGUUUCCAAGGCUUCAGUGGCCCAGACUGCAGUGGAAAAACAUGCCCCUCUAACUGCAACAAAAAAGGGAAGUGUGUGAAGGGAAAGUGUGUGUGUCAGACUGGUUAUACAGGCCUAGACUGCAGUAAAGCUGUUGACAAAAAGACCACAGUAACUGUUGAAACUGUGACUAUGAAGAUGUCCACUGCCAAGCCAGACAGAAAGUCUGCAAAGACAAAGCCAGACAAGACCAUAUUUGUGAAAAAGAUAGAUACAAAGGACCCAAAGAAAGACCCCACAACCAAGCCAACAGUGUCCACAGGUAAAGUCCAGUCCAAUACCACAAAAAGAGACAAGAAUAUUAAGACUAUUGGCCAAGUUCUGCAAAAGCAUGUAGGUGGAAGACGUCAUGAGCAAGCAAAGGGCAUAACAACAGUCAUAAAACUGGGUUUAGACAAACAAUCCCAAACUGACAGGAAAAAUAAUCUUAAAGAUGAGCCAGUCUUUCAGAAUGUGACUCAAAGAUCUGUGAAGAAUGAAACCUCCAAAGUUCUAGAGAACUUAAUUAAAGGCACCAAAGAAUCAUCUAAUGUAACUACAUCCAAGACAAAGGUUACUACCAGAACUGCAGGUGAUCAAGGGCUGGAAAGUAAGACUAAUGUUACAUUUACUGAAAAAGACAAGAAGCUUAUCCAUGGCAAUGAAACAACAGCUCUCCAAGCAGAAGGGAAUUCUGAUAAGCAUGUAAAUGGGACAAGUAUUGAAUCCAAAACUCAAAUCAAUCAUUUCAACACUAGCAGCAGAUUAUCAGUUAUUGGAUCAGUGGAGGUUCAUAAUAUCACUUCUACUGGGUUCAUUUUGUCAUGGGAAGCUCCUCGAGACAUGUUCAAGAACUUCACUGUAACAAGAAGGGAAAUCAGAGCAGGAAAUGAAGAUUCAGAGAAAAUUCAGGAUGGAACAGCAGCUGAAAAUGUAACAGAUGUCCAAAGGCCUGGAUCAAACAGAACUUCAACUAAAGUCAACAGUAACAAACUUGAAGCAAGGACUGUGAAAAAGUUCUCACAAGUUCUUGCUGGUACAGCACGGUCGUAUCAUUUCAAAGGCCUUCAACCUCAAAUGCGUUACUCAGUUUCCUUGUUUGGCUCUGGUCUUGGUCUACGAUCCAAAAUUCACCGCCUUACAUUAUCCACAGGCCCUGAGCCGCCCACUGACCUGAUGUUCAGCAAUAUAACAGAGACUUCUGUUUCGGUAUCCUGGGGAAAACCUAAAAGCAUUGUAGCAGAAUUUAAAGUCACAUACACCAACAUUUUGACUGGCGAGAGUGGCUCCAUGUCUGUUGACUCCCAACUGUCCCAUGUUCUCCUGUCUAAGCUCUCUGCUGGCUCCACUUAUGAUAUUACUGUGAGCUCAGUCCUGGAGACACUCGAGAGCGAGCCAAUCACAGCCUCAGUCACUACAGUGCCAGAUUCUCCUACUGAACUGAAGGUGGUGAACAUCACAGACACUAAAGCUCUGCUAGUAUGGAAACCGUCCCAUACUAAAGUUGACAGCUAUAUCCUCAGUUAUGGGACUACAAAAUCCCCCAAUGUGACUAUUACAGUGACAUUAUCUGGCAGUGCUGUGGAGCAUCAGCUCAGAGGACUCCACAGAUCUUCUUUAUACACAGUGAAAAUCACAAGUCAAGUCAACCGGCUCCAGAGUAGCCCAGUCUCCACAACCUUCACAACAGGAAGUGGAGUGAAGUUUCAGGUAGUGACUCCUGAUGAGGUGACCUUUCACUCAGCUGUGAUUUCAUGGAGGGCUCCCCGUGUGACUUUCAAAAGUUAUAGGCUCACAUACCAGCUGAGCGAGGAAGUCAAGGAGCUGAUUUUAAAUCCAUCUGUGACACACUAUGAGCUGACUGGACUGGCAGCCUUCUCAAACUAUACUGUGAAAAUAGAGGGAGAAAGAGAUGGACAGUACAUCAGUUUUGUCUCUGCUGAGUUUACCACCGCCAUGCUCCCGUACCCAUACCCCACAGAAUGCUCAGAGGUACAGAUCAAUGGGAUGAAGGAGUCAGGAGAGGCUGAGAUCUACCCUGAAGGGAAGGACGGAGAGCCAGUAUGGGUCUACUGUGACAUGGAGACUGAUGGAGGAGGCUGGACAGUAUUCCAGAGGAGAAUAGAUGGAUCUACUGAUUUCUUCAGGAGCUGGAGAGAUUACAGCAAAGGCUUUGGUCUCCUGAGUGGGGAAUUCUGGCUGGGAAAUGACAUCCUUCACACUCUCACCAGUCUUGCACCAAUGACCCUGCGAAUUGACCUGCGUUCAGGAAAUGACACGGCCUUUGCUCAUUAUGCCAACUUCAAUGUUAGCUCAGAGGCUAAUCACUAUGCAAUCGAGCUGUCUGGAUACUCUGGCACUGCUGGUGAUUCCAUGAAAUAUCACAACGGCCGUCCGUUCUCCACGAAAGACAAAGACCCAAACAUCCUUAGUAUCCAUUGCGCUAAGGCCUACAUGGGAGGCUGGUGGUAUAAAAACUGCUACAAGGCAAACCUUAACGGCCUCUACGCCUCCUACUCAGACAACAAGGGUGUUGUGUGGAUAGACUGGAAGGGCAAAGAUGCAUCCCUCCCAUUUACUGAGAUGAAGCUUCGACCCUCCUAUUUCAGUCAAACGAUCCCAACAACUCCAACAACCCAAGGUUAAAACUGCAGAGUGAAGAGUGCACAUAGCGCAAAUACACUGUACAAACUUCUACACACAGCUACUUCAAUAUUGUAUAUAGGUUAACAACAUACAAAACAAAAACUGUAAAGAAAUCUGACGGUAGCUUUGCAAAGAAAAUAUCACAACCUCCAGCCAAUCACAACUUUUUUUAGUUCAUAUAAAGUUUUUCGUAAUGUUAUGUAGACUUAUGCAUGUGUUGAUGUACUUGUGUUAAUGGAUAUUAACAUUUCCGCUACUGGAAUAACUGCACUGUCUUGCUCUAUUGGUACUUUUUUUUCCCCACAUGACUGGUUUAGAAUUCCUUUCUAUGAAUUUGUUUUACUUUUGAUGUUCAACAUAUGUAGACAAAAUCAAUAAAACAAAGUGCUUACCAGUCCUGGAUUAACAUGUAGUUGCAAAUUUACUUUUAGUCAACCGAAUGUUCAAAAGGGACCAUUAAAAUAAAGUGUUACCCAAAUAAC